AAAUGGAGCACAUUCAUAUUCUAUGAGAAUAAUAUUAUAUAAAUAUGAUGAAUAGACUAGCCAUAGGUCCCCUUAGAUUAGAUAUAGGCAUAACGUGCAGUGUCAAAUAAAAAAAAGUAUGUGGAGUGAAUAAAUAAGUCUCUUGCUCUUAGAUCGACAUAGAGACACUCAAACCCAAAUACCCAAUACACUUAGUAGGAAACAACUUAAAAGUAAAACCUUUCUGUUCGAAUCAGAAGCAACUCCUCUCAGAUAUGGUUCAUCAGUUUCUUCAAUUCCACAGGCUAGGUAGAGUAUAACAUAAAAGAGCAGCAGGUAGAGCUACCACAAAAUCCAUUUCUAACAAAAUGGAACAAAUAGAGCUGGAACCAUGUCUUUCAGGAACAUCAAGUACCAUCUCUGCUGCACAAGAAGUUCUACCCCACACACACCUUUAUAGACAACUGCAUCAGCACCAUAAAGCAGGCAAAGAAGCUCAACUAGAAGAUCAAGAUCAGGAACAAGAGACAGUUUCCCAGACUCAAAUACCAUUAGAUUUCAUGAUAUCUAAUGAGGAUUCAUGCCAUGAAUUCAACGCGGAACUCAACCUCAUCGACUGCUUAAACGUAGGAUCAUCACAGAGUUCAUCAGAAACUCCCCAAGCCUCAGAGAGUGAGCCACGAGUUUUCUCAUGCAAUUACUGUCAGAGAAAAUUCUACAGCUCGCAAGCACUAGGUGGACACCAAAACGCUCACAAAAGAGAGCGGACGAUAGCAAAGAGAAACCAGAGAAUAGGAGCAACAAUAGCAGCAACAGCAGCAGCAUUUGGGCAUCCAUAUUUGCACCAACAACAUAAUUAUUCAAACAUUGCUUCCUUACCUCUACAUGGUUCUUCACCUAAUCGAUCUCUCGGAAUUCAGGUACACUCAAUGGCCCAUAAAACUCCUCCUAAUAUGACAAUGUCUUCUUCUGGAAAUGUUUACGGACAUCAUGGGUGGUUAAGGUUGCCUAUUGAACAACAACCCGCAGUAGGGAAGUUAGUGACGGAGACCUGCACAACUGCAGGACCAUCCUCGAGAGGUGGAGCUGGUAGAUUCAACAUAGUAGAUGAAGGAGUCACCAGUGGAGGUUGGUGGAGUGGAGACAGUACAAUCAAAAGUAAUUCAGAGGACUCUACAAAACUUGAUCUUUCGCUCAAGCUUUAAAAAUGUUAUUUUAUUCUACAGGAAUAUUUUCUUCUCUUUUUUUUUUUUCUAGAGUAGGAGUUUGCUACAAAUUACAAUAUGUUUGGGACAUUGUUAGCUUAAUUCUCUCUAUCCUUCGUGGGAUGAUAUCAUGUAAAUUUUCUAAUGACAAAGUAAAAUGAUUUUUCUUUCAAAAAAAUUUGAGCUUAAAUAUAAGAUCGUGGCUUGAGAGUUUCUAGUA